CAUUCAGCUAGAUCUAGCUAGCUGACAAAGGUGUUUGUGCUGUAGUGAUGUCAUCUCCUGAGCUGCAGGGGAAGGAUGGUGUGCUCAUCAAGACUGUGGAGAUGCAUACUGGGGGAGAGCCACUCAGAGUGGUGGUGUCUGGUUACCCUCGUCUGUGUGGGGACACUCUCUUAGACAAACGCCGUUAUGCUCGAGAUCACUUGGACCACCUCCGCCGUGCUCUCAUGUUUGAGCCGAGAGGUCAUAAGGACAUGUACGGGGCUAUCCUUGUGGAGAAAGAUGCUGACAAGGCAGAUCUGGCCGUCUUGUUCAUUCAUUGUGAAGGCUACAGUACCAUGUGUGGACAUGCAAUGCUAUCCUUGGGACGGUAUGCUCUUGAUUAUGGGUUAGUCCCACGGGCCAGCCCAGAGACGGAGGUCAAGAUACAGUGCCCAUGUGGUCUGGUCACUGCACAUGUGCAGUACGACAGUGCCUCGGGGAAGAGUGGGCGUGUUCGCUUCAAGAGUGUGCCUUCAUUUGCAUUCGCUGUCAAUCAGAAGAUUGAGAUCAAUGGUAGAGGUCCAGUGGUGUAUGACCUCGGCUAUGGUGGAGCAUUCUAUGCUCUAGUCAGUGUACAGCAGUUCAACGUGGACCUAAAGACCACACCCAUCCAAGAACUACUUCACCUCGCAAACGAUAUAUUCUACAGAGUUAAAAACAUCACUACACUGACACACCCUGAAAGUGCUGACUUGGCGUUCCUGUAUGGAGUUAUUCUCACUGAUGGCUGUGAUACGGAGGGUGUGUCUAAUAAUAUCUGCUGCUUUGCCGAGGCUCAACAGGUGGAUCGCUCACCGUGUGGUUCAGGAGUGGCUGCGCGACUAGCUGUACAGUAUCACAAGGGACAACUGAAACUAGACCAAGAGAGGUUGAUUGUACAACCAAAGGUUGGCUCAGAGAUGAGAGGAAAGGUGGUCUCCACUGUGACCUUUGGAUCCUACGAGCAAGCAGUUGUGGUGGAAGUGAGUGGGUGGGGUCACUACACUGGCCGAGGAGAGUACUGGCUAGAGGAGGGGGAUCCCCUCUCCACAGGGCUCCUUGUUGAAUGAACACAAGCGUAGACAGACAAACAGACAACAGUAUUUUUUUAUUAAUUUUUUGUCAUUGUAUUAUUUUGUAACAUGUUUCCCCUGCACUAAAUUAUUAUAAUUAUGGGGCGGCCCAUUCCUAAUUAUAGGAGAGGCAUGGCUUUCACCCCACCAG